UAUCCUCUUCCGACGGGAAGCCACUGCCGGCGCGCUUGACGCUUCCGCAGGAGAGACCCCCCCCCCCCCCCCCCCGCACCGGGCCUUUUCCUUCUCAUUCCCGGCGUUUCUCGUCGAACAGGGACGCUAAGCCGGAAGAGGAUGGCGGCGGCCGCUCUGAAAAGAUUUUGGUCCCGAAACCGUGAAGACCCCGGGGGCCCAGCGGCCGCGAAGCCCGGCGUGUGGGCGCGGUUGGGCUCCUGGGCCCGCGUACUGCUCCGAGACUACGCGGAGGCCUGCGGCCACGUGCAGCGGCUGCUCUGGCUUCGGGGCCGCGGCCGCCUCCGCCACGUGAGCCUGGGCCUGUGCUCGCUCGUGUACGAGGCGCCCGUCGACGCCCAGGCCAGCCUCUACCAGGCCCGCUGCCGCUACCUGCAGCCCCGCUGGGCCGACUUCCCGGACCGGAUCCUGGACGUGGGCUUCGUGGGCCGCUGGUGGGUGCUGGCCGCCCGCAUGCGCGACUGCGACGUUAACGACGACGAGUUCCUCCACCUGCCGGCCCACCUGCGCGUCGUCGGGCCCCAUCAGCUGCGCUCCGAGACCAACGAGCGGCUCUUCGACGAGAAGUACGAGCCCGUGGUGCUCACCGACGACCAGGUGGACCAGGCGCUGUGGGAGGAGCAGGUCUUGCAGAAGGAGAAGAAGGACCGACUCGCCCUCAGCCAGGCCGACUCCCUGGUGCGGCCCGAGGGGCCCAGAUGAAACCCCGGGCCUGGGUCGGGUCGGGGCUCCGAGCCCCGGCGGCUUGUGUGGCCCGGAGCGCACGGCCGCUGCGAGCGGGGGAAGCAAAUACUGUGCAGAGCGUGCUCUCCCUGCGUUUUCGCCACCUUUCCAGAAGGCCGCUCUCCCUCUCCCCCUCCCCUUGUUCCUUGUUAGCUGAAGCGGUUGCGGAGCCCUCUGGGUCGGGGAGGUGGGGAGGGCCCAGCGGUAAGACGGCGGAGUUGAUCGGCGGAGUUGAUCGCUGCGCUACGAGCGUUCUUCAUGAGCCCUUUGUGUAAAUGAACUUUUCGUGGAGUCUCACAGCCCCUCGCCCGAGGGAUCCUAUUUGUCGAGUGACUCCGGCGCUCUCCUAAAACUAUUCAGAUUUUUACUUUAAGCUUGGCAACGUUCUUUUCCUUGUCCUAAGUGUCUUUAUUUGAAAAUAAAGUUAAAAAAUUACUGGUCUCAGGAAAGUGGGAAAAUACCACAGGCAUCCUGCGCCCCCUGCCCCCAGGGUACCCCAAAUGGUAAUGUUUGACAGGAAGCCACACCCGACCCGGAGACUGCAGUGGGAGGACUGCAGACUUCACAGGACAGCACUUUGCAAAAACCAACACCAAACUUUUUACCACCUAGGACAGUGAUGUCAAAAUGACACAGAAGGGGAAAACAUUAUUUGGAAUUAUCUACGGAAUCAUAGGUUUAUAUUUCAGAAACCCUGAAAACCCAGAAUCCUGUGGAAUGGGAUGUGUUCGUGUACAAAGGUUAGGAUAACCCUCCUUUACAGACACAGGAAUGAGACUACCUCGGUCACCCGCGUGGUUUGUGGCUGCUUGAUAAAACCGUGAGAUGAAACAAC